AUGUCACGACCAGAGUGGUGGCCCGGUGAGAACCACGAAGCCUUCACAAAAUGGGCCAUGGACCGCGGAGUUGAGGCCUUUGGCGUCGCUCCGGCCCGUUUUCCAGGUCGAGGGCUGGGAAUGAUAGCGACUCGAAAAAUCAAGAAAGGAGAAGCUGUUGUCCAAGUGCCAGCCAGCACAAUCCUAACAAUGGACAACAUCCCCUCCUCCUUCAAGGUCCAAUUCCCCGAAGGCACUGCCGUGCACACCAUCCUGGCAGCAUACUUCACCCACGGAAGUGAGGAAGAGUUGGCUGAAUACGAACUAUGGCGCAAAGCCUGGCCUACCCGUCAAGACUUCGAAGAUAGCCUGCCAAUACUAUGGCCCAAAGUGCUUGGUGGUCUUCCAUGGCCUGACACUGACACUGACAGCGAGUCUUCAAACCAGCCGAAUUUCCUCCCUCCCUGCAUCUCAGGGACUUGGAACUCGGUUGACAAGGGGAAUCCCGUCAAGAAGUAUGAGAGUGAACACCGAAAUCUUCUUCUGGGCCAGGAAAUUCGGCUGCGCAAGGCCUGGGCGGAUGUCACUGCUGCACUGCCUGAUACUGAUUGGCGGUCUUUCUCGUAUCAUUGGCUUAUUCUUAAUACGAGAAGUUUCUAUUGGGUUGGUGCGGGUCAGGAGCCGCCUGAGGAUCGAAAUGAUGCUAUGGCUAUGUUGCCUUUUGCGGAUUACUUCAAUCAUUCGGAUGUCGAGUGUGACGUCAAAUUUGAUGAAGAUGGGUACACCCUGUGCGCCACUGAAGACUAUGAGGAAGGGGAUGAGGUGUAUAUGAGCUAUGGUGGACAUCCAAAUGAUUUCCUACUGGCAGAAUAUGGCUUCUUCCUGGAAAAGAACGACUACGACUGCAUUUACCUCGACGACAUCAUCUUCCGUGAUCUGAACACCGCCGAGAAGCAAGAAGAACUGUGGUUGAACCAAUACUACGGUAACUACCAAUUGAUUUCCCAAGGGGUCUGCUACCGCACCGAAGUUGCGGCAGCUCUAGUGUACAUGAAUGAAGAGGAUUGGAGGAACCACGUUCUCGAGGGUUCGACCGAGUGUGUAGAUGAGAAGGUGUCGGAAGCCAUCAUCAAGGGAUGGGUUCGGACUUAUGCUGCCGAGGCGGAUGCAGCUAUGAACUCGUUGCGGACGGCAAUGCAAUCCAAUGCCGUGGUGCAAGCUCAUCGCCAGAAGGCGGAGACGUUGUUGCAGCGAUGGGGCCAGAUCAAAGAGAUCUGCGAGAGUGCCUUGGAGGCCAUUGACCUGUGA